UUUAAAUCUUGGGCCCCAACAAGCUCCAAGGACACCAAGUUUCUUCCUUCCUUGCUUGGGUCCGUCCAACGCACCAGGGGUUUUCAAGGCGGUUUUGUGUAGAACAGCCACGGAGCAGAAACAACGAACAUGCUACUUCAGCAACAGCGUUUUCAAGGCGGUUUUGUGUAGAACAGCCACGGAGCAGAAACAACGAACAUGCUACUUUAGCAACAGCGUGGCACUUUUGCUUGUGUCUUGUUAUCUUUUUGAAAUGGUGAAGCUGACAAUGAUAGCCUGUAUCACUGAUGGCCUUCCAUUGGCGGAGUGCUUAGAUGGUGGUUAUGUGAAGGAUGUUGUCUUCUACAAGCAGCAAGAAAAAUUGUUGUUCAAAAACAUAUCUAAAGGCCAACAUGAAUCAUCAAGACUGUCAACUGAAACUGGACCAUACUGUUCCAGGUCAAGCUUUGCCGCCUUCAUCUCGACUCCGUCGGGGUUCCAGGUUCACACUUCACCGCUCUCCCCCUGUGGCCCGGUGAUUUGUGGCGGCUGCGGGGUCUUCCCUGCUUUGGUGGUGGCCGGCAGGCGUUUGCCCGGCCAGAUCUGGCGCGGUGCAGGACCUGUGGUGCAUGGCCUGGUUUAUGGGGGCGGGGGACACAUGGGUCCUUGGUCCGGCAGCAUCGGCAGGACGCUGUGCGCCCGUCUGCUUUCUUGCUAGAUACGUGUUUAGGAAAAAUCUACAAUACUCCUAAAAGGUUUAUACAUCAAUUGCAACGGGUUUUAGGAAUGCAUCACUAUAUUGAUUUUGGUUUAUACAUGAACGGCAGAGAGUUUUAUAAAUGUAUCAUUAUAUUGUUUUGGGUUUAUAUAUGAAUUGCAAAAUGUUUUAGCCAUGUGAAAA